ACAAAUAACAACAACUGGUCAUUCACAAAAAUAAAACACACAUCCCUUUUCCAAAAGGCUUCGUUCAAUGGAGGAAAGAAGGGAGAAGGGACCUCCUGGUUCUCGUGUACUGUCGAAAUCUUUAAAACCUCCUGUGUCUUUUGACUUGUUUAGUAAGUCAAUUAAAAACCUACCCGAUAUAGCCUUUCAAAUACAGUGCCAGGAACUCAAAAAAGGAGUAAGCAAAUCGCUUGAUGAUUGCGCCAAGUGGUACUACCGCGAGUUCUACAUUAAUCCAUCCGUUCGCCAGGAAUAUGAGUUUAAGCUAAACUCCAUAUCUUUAAAUGUAAAGAAGAAAAUACUUUAUUCAUCUUCAGUAGGUUUACCAUAUAUAAGAUCAAUGAGCAAGAAAGUGAUUGGAGACCAACAAGUGGAUAAGAAAAAAAAGCAACCAAUUAACGAAGUGGAUAUAAACACGGAGAUCACUGGGCAGUCGUCGAUUGUCAGCUUCGAUGUCUUUGAGAAAUAUGUAAAAAAUUUAUAUGAUAUUGUUUGCAAACUAAAACUGUUGGAUCCAGAUUAUGCCUGCAAGGGAUACGAAGAUUGUGCUGAAACCUUUUACUACGACUUCUAUAUAAAUCCAGAGAUACGGGAAAAGUAUCCUCUGGAGCUGAAGAAUUGCCCACCUUUAUUGAGAGAUAAAAUAUUUUACCUGCCCAGCAGAGAAGAGGUUAAGGAACUACAAAAGCAAUAUAAUGGCGAGCAACCUAUUACGGAAAAUAUUCAGGAUAUAAACAGUAUAGUAACGGAGAAUUUGGACAGAAAUGUAAGAUCCAAUUACUCGGUAGAACUAAACAUCGGCAACCUUGGUCGUUUUCUAUUCCCUGUGUCGAUUGAUGUAUUUAAAAGUUUUAUAAACUAUGACGAUAUUAUUGAACCUUUGCUAAUGUUAAAAGGUAUCAACGACAACUGCCAAAGGUCUCGAUUGAAAGCAAACCAUCAGGAUCCGAUUUGCCAGGAAACUUUCGAACUAUAUUACCAUUCCUUCUAUAUGUAUGCCGAGAGGCGAGAAUUGGUUCCAUAUAAAUUUCCAAAUGCAAGUGAGAAAAUGAUGAGAAUAUUACUUAGUUGUGGUCAACCUCUCGAUGCCGCAGCAGAGACAACUAUGAAGAAUUCACACUUAGCUAUGUCAGUGCCUACAAAGAAUAUGCUCUAUCCAAUCAGUUUCACGCAGUUUCAAAAAUUAAUAAAAAAUCUAAAUGAAAUUGUUCAGCAAAUGAUGCAAUGUGAGGAGUACAAUUACCUACCAGCAUCCCAAGAGUGUUACAAAAAGGAAUACUACAAACUGUUUUAUGCUUCACCAAAAAUACGAGAGAGAUUUGCAUAUAAACUGGCACCUUGUCCCGCGCUACAUAGAAAAAAGGUGCUUCGAAUACCAACGAUUUCGAAAGAAGUAAAGGUUAAUCAGGAGUCCACUGAUAAUAAUCAAGAGGUUAUUGCUAAGAAUCAAGAGUCUGCCGAUAAGACCCCAGAGGUUGUCGCUAUGAAUCAAGAGCCUGUUGUUAAGACUAAGGAGUCUGCAGAUAAGAAUCAAAAGUCUGUUGUUGAAAAUCAAGCAUCUGUGGCUAAGACUAAGGAAUCUGUUGAUAAGAAUCAAGAGUCUGUUGCCAAGAAUCAAGACUCUGUUGUUAAGACUAAGGAAUCCGUUGAUAAAAAUCAAGAUUCUGUUGUUAAGACCAUUAAUGGUAAGCUUUAUGCAUAUCCUGUGUCAAUGAAAGUCUGGUGGCAAUACAUAAACUCUGAAGAGCUCAUUGUACAACUGAGAGACAUCCAUGAGAAUCAUAAACGUGAACAUGGAGGGCCAAAUUUUACGGAUGAGCAAUUAAUCAGUAGAUUUUAUAAUUACUUUUAUUACAAGAGUGAUGUUAGAAAAACUGUGCAGUUCAAUUUCGACAAAGCCCCAAAGGAAAUGCAAGAAAAGUUAUUGGCAACAGCUAAAGAAAUUCCAGCUAAGCUAGCUCAUCAGAAACUCGAAAAAGUAUCCAAGACUUCUUCUAAAAUUGAGUCUUUGAAAUCGGGUCCUGCUGAUGGAUUAAACGAGCCGGCUGCAAAUGUUUUUCCUAAGGAAGACAAUACCAAUGACGAAGUGGAUUAUGAAAAUGCGUUUCCCGUAACGUUUGAAACAUUUAAGAGUUAUAUACAAAACCUGUCAGAAAUCGCCAAACAAAUGCAACUCAGUGACAAGUACAGAGAUAAAACUGAAAAGGAAUGCUGUCUCGAAUACUACAAAGAAUUCUAUUCCUCGAUCGACAUAAGAAAAAAAUUUCGUUAUAAACUAAAGCCCUGUCCAUCAAUGAUGAAGCAAAAGAUUCUUUCCGUCGUGCCCCCAAUAUAUAAAAACAAGAACAUGAUAUUAGAUAGUUGCACGACGGAUUAUAAAAGGAAAACCCCCGAGCUUGGACAUUUCAAAUGGCCCGUGUCGUUCGAAACUUUUAAGAAAUACAUUAACUAUGCGGAGAUAUAUCGUCCGGCUCUGUCACAUAUAAUUACUGAUGAAUCCGUGCUAGCCAAUCCCGAAAAUCCGCAAUGCCUUAAAUUGUUUCGUCGGUAUUAUAAUUCAUUUUAUAUACAUCCUCACAUACGAAGAAAAUACCCAUACAAAUUUAAUUGCCCGGAUGAAGAACUACUACAAAAACUAUUAAGCUAUGCUGAGCCUUUGGACGAGACAGCCAAACAAACUGUAGCGAAGGGAAUCAGCCAAGCGAAGGAAGCGACAGAAGCGCAUCCAUUACUUGAAGAUUCCUCCAAUACUCUAAAUGCUGGCCCAGGAUCAGACAGUAGAGCAAGCGAUGUACCUGAAAUCCGAAAAUUAGAUCAGUUAAAUGAUGAACACCUGGAUCCGUCGUUGCACAAGAAGGGAGAACAGAAUCCUCCACCGCCUGUAUCAUUCAAGAUAUUUUCCAGUUUACUACAUCUUGACGAAGUGGUGGACAAAAUGAAAAAUGAGCCCAUUUAUGCGCAAAUGAGUCCUGAGGAUUGUAAAAUGGCUUAUUACCACGCUUUCUAUACGAUGCCCAGUAUACGGGAUAAAUAUCCUUGUCAAAUGAAACCCUGUCCUGGUAGAUUAAAAACUAAAUUGCUUUCUAUACCCGAAACCAGAAGAACAGAGGAAAAGGAAAGUUCUAUGGAUGAACGCAACAAGGUGCAAAAUAUGAAAAGUGUAGCUGAGUUGUAUGCAGAAAAGAAAUUACAACUUGCUAGCAAGACGAAAGUCAAAUUGGUUAUCUAUCAUCUAUUACGUCCAAAUACUCGCAAAGAUACUUUACCAGUUACUGAAGAGAUACCCGGUCAAACGAGUACGGAUUCAUUUGAAGCUGAAAAUAUGAGCAACAUAGCUGAAAAAUCGGCAAGCGUAUCAAAUAUAAACGACGUAGUAAUUCCAGGUGCUACACAUAAUUUACAACUACAAGAUGAGAGUAUAUUCAGUUCGGAUUCGACAACAAGAAGUUCAAUAGUCACAGGCAAUUCCAUAGAUGUUGCUUCAGUUCAACCAGAUUGCGCCACACCUGCCCCGAUUGUCGACAGCGCCACUCAAGCGACAGCUCCUUCGCUAUCCUUAGGUCAACUGUCCGCAGGGGUAUUAACUGAAACAAACCAGGGGAAGACAUCGUUAGAUGAUGAAACGGAAAAGAUAUUCUUUUCUCAAAGAGACAAUGAACACAAUUUGAAGUAUCUCCUGUGCAACAGUCAUGGACUACAGAAAACCAUUUGGCGAAUUCUCUCCCAGUUAACGAUUUUGGAAUUCAAGACUUUCACCAGCAUCAACAAUGGCCAGUCCUUUUAUGAGAACGAGUCAAUGUUAUCGCGAUGCUAUGAUCAUGUGAUAAGCAAGGGAAAUUGGCCUCCGAAUUUGUAUGUUAAGUUUCCAAUGUUGCACGAUCUCUUGCUGAAAAAAGGUGUCCAGGAUAUAGAUUUUAAACUGGAUGAGCUUUCACCGAAAAUCUUACACUGGAAGGAUUUAUCCGUAUUUACGAAUUUCGAUGAAAUCGUAGAAUUAAUGUACUUAAAACGUACCAAACACAAAAUUGAUGAUUAUGUGACAUUGUGCGAUGAGCGUUUGAUAUUAUAUGAAAUGUGCUGGCGGCAUAAUCGUUGGGUUCUAAGAGUUCCCGACAUAACAAACAUGGAACGUAAUGAAAGUCUCGCUGGAAAUGGAAUACCCACAUUCGAAGUGGAGCCUUACAGAUUUCCACCGUGCAUGGCAAAGGACAGGCAACAACAACAAGUGGCAGAAAGCCCUACUGUUGCAGAGGUUGACUCAAGUGGGCAAAGCCUCUUAACAUGUGCACCCACCCAACUGGUCACUAAUGGUGACUCCGACCAGCAGAGCCUUUCAACAUGCCCACCUACUCAACUGGACAUUAACCUCAUUCAAGAUACAGAAACACAAAAUGAUUCGCUGCCCAGCAUAACAAUAGAAAGUGGGAUCUCGCCAUCUGAGGCAGAUCAUUAUAAAGUUGUUUCAGAUUCACUUUGUUUGGAGGGUAACACGGAACAAUUACAAGAGACAUUAAGCGGAUCCGUUGUAGAUGUUGACUCCGCGCAGCAAAAUCUUUCUGAGUGCCCACCCACUCAGCUGAACCUCAGUAAUUUUGUGGAUGUGGGCCUAGAGAUUCCUUCCUCUGAAGCUUUAGAAACUCAAAAUGACCCACUGCUUGAAACGAGUAUUUUAAUGCCAAAUGUGCCCACAAAUUCAAACUUACCUGUUGUUAAGAACGAGCCUAUCAAAUUUUUGGAUCAUUUACGUUUUAUAUGCAAUAACAACAGCAAUGAGGAUUUCCUCUGUGAACCCAUAUCAGCAGAUGAGAAUAUCAUAGUGAUAGAUGAUGAUAGCGAAAUGGCAACAAUGGAAAAACUAAAAUGCUUUAAUCAGCGGCAAGAAGACAAAACCGCGUCACCAUCCCAAUUGCAACCAAGUGAGUCCUCUGUAAAUCCACCAACAGAGACUCCAAUGCCGACGGCAGCCAUAAUAGAACAGAGUGAAACUCAAUCAAAGGAAAACUCCAUAGUUAGAGAACAGGCUACCACAGAAAGGUCAAACAACGCAGAAGGCGGUAUUUUACCUACCUCAACUGCUGGCCCAGAGAAACGAGUAGCCUGCAAACGAAAGCCCGUAGGAAAAGACACCAUAGCCAGCAAAAAGCCACGAGGAGCGCCUGAUUUUGUGGCUCAACUUAAGCAUUCGUUUCGUCCUUUGCCCCUCAAUGCCAUGGUGCGCAUUGAGACGGACUCUGUAGUCUGUGUAGGUGAAGAACUUCAAGGAAUGCCGCAGCAGCAGUCGCAACCUCAGACCGACGCCCAACUGACGGCCUCACAAGCCUUUGCUAUCGAUGAUACACUUCUUAAAUCCUCCCAAUUGCAGGAACUUUUGGAUGGCCCGAAUGUAGCUGGUAGCAAGGUAAAUGAAGGAGAGACUAGUGUUGUUAAUCGAGCUGCUUCGCGCCUGCCACCAAUCACACUAAGCAGCACAGUGGUUUAUCGCCAAUUAAAGUCAUACGUAUUUAUUCGUUCACUGACCAUGGCCCAGACCAGAGAGUACUGCAUUGAUAGUGUGGCAGUGGGUCAACCCUAUCAACAGGCCACGAUACAAGUAAUGAAAAGGAUUUACCAUCUGAAAGGUCCUUUGCUCCAAGCCCUUUUUCCAUACAUUAGUCCCACAUUGCUGGCCGAUUUAAAAUAUUUACUCUGCUCUGUAGAGAAAUUAAACUGGGACUCCCGUGACAUGGUCAUUAGAAAGAAUCUUGACCUGCGUUUACGUGUGCUCUCCGUGUUCAUUAAUGUUGCUCCUCGAUUCGGACAUUUUCGUUUAAAAUACGAGAACGACUCAUUUAAUUGUGCUGCUUGCAGUUUGAUUUCUGCCCAGGAUCAAGAGUUGGAGAAACGGCAGCCCGUUUUUGAUGUGACCAAGGCUAUUAAACCUCGAAUACUGGACAACAUGAGACAGUUUUCUAAAGAUAAUAAAAAAAAAUAAUGCCUCUUA